AUGCGUACGUACAUUUUUUUGGAUAAUCGUUUAAUAGGUCUUAAAAAAUUACAAAUUAUUAUUAUAAUUUAAAAAUCAAUAAAUACGAUCGGGAAUAAGCGUCUGCAAGGCGCACCAUCGUGACGUUACGAUCGGAAUCUUUAUUAAAUAAUUCGGGGAAUCCCCGACGAACUACGCGGUAUCAUUUUUCGCCAUGGUGUUAUUUCCGAGUAAAAUAUUUCCACUAAAUAAUGUGUAAAAUGUCCGUGAUAUAGAAUCGUAAAAAACUAGAUGCUAGAGGUAUCAGAAAACAUUGUUCCAUUGGGAAAAAUAACAAACCAGAACAGUUCAAAUAUGGAUCUUUACAAUGAAGUCGAACUUAAUUCCAUUUCAUCUAAAGACAUUGAAGGAAAUGUAGAUACGGACAACCAAAACAAUAGUAAAGACGAUAAUUCGAAACUAGAAGCAAUUGGACCUCGAGGAGAAACUGAGCCUGCAAGAAAACGGGCAUUGGAAAAUGAACUUCCUGAUACGCUUUUAGUAGAAAAUGAAGACAUAAGCACAAAAAAGAGAAAAUUGGAUGACGACUCUGGUAAAGACCAAGAUGAAGCAAUUGUAUGUGUGGAUAUUAGGCAAGAUUUGAACAAUUCUGACCCUCUUCCUGAAACUAUUGAACCUUUCGGAGAUGAUUCUGUAGAAUCUAAAUUAAUCCCUGGACAACUUUCGAAAAAUUACGAAUCGUCAGAGAUUACUAACAUAACCACAGUCAAGUCUGGAGUUAAUUCUGAACAAGGAGAGGAAUCUCAUGGAGCGUCUUCCAAGGUUGUAGAAAUCAUCGAAUCUGAGAAAGCAGAAGGAGAGCAAAGUUUGGAAAUUUCGAACGAAGCAGUUGAAAGGAAGAAACACGAAGUCAAAGAAGAAUUAAGUCAUAUUUUUACGGACGAACCAGAAAAUCAAAACGAAAUAAUCGGGGUUGAAGAAAUCAAGUUAGAAAACAGCCAACACGACAGUUUCGAAAAAUCGACGCCAGAUCCGGACUUGUGUUCAAAAAUUCUGGCACUGCCUGUAGCAUCCAACUGGGAGGGGACAUCACACGAGCCGUACCAACUUCAGUACUUCAACGCCUGAAUACGCCACUGUUGAACAUUUAUUUUCAUCAACAAGUGAAAGACGCGGUUUGAACAUAACCAAGUUGGAACGCGUUGAAAACCCGUAUUUGCUGGGCCAGUACUUGUUGAAAAAGGAGAAAAUGUU